CGAGCCGCCGCGUGCGCACCCGACCGUGAUUCACUUGUUUUGACCGUGACCUCUGUGGACGGUGCAGUAAUACUAAGUGAUUUCUAAUUUGAGGUGAUGACAUGAUGAGAAAUAAUUAAUACUAAGAAUCAAAAACAUAACUGAAGUGCUUAAUUGGAAUCAUGAUAAAACUGCCAAGUGUUAUAGUGCUGUGCUUCUUGUACGGAGUGGCGUCUCAAGCUCCCGGUGACAGCUGUCUCCAAGAUGGCGUCCCCGGCGUCUGCAAAACACUCCGCGACUGUCAGGCCGUGACAGAUAACCCCAAGAGCCAGUGGUGGAAACUGCCCAGAUGCGGCUUCGAAGGCUUCGAAGUGAUAAUUUGCUGCGUGGAGAAACCCACCACCACGUCUGCAAGACCCGUCGCUACCACGCCUCGCCCAGGGACAACAACGACCGAGUUCUUCGUACCAGUGUAUGACUAUAGCCCCAACACGCCCAUAGUCGAUAGCUGCGCUGCUGUGGAGCCAGACCGCACGGCGGCGAAGACCGGACGGAAAGCUUGGGAUAAAUGCAUCGACUACCAACAUCAACUGGUGUAUCCCUGCGAGCAAACAGCCCUGUCAGGCAGCAUGGGCCGCGCCAACCGAUGCAACCAUAACGUUGACGAGCUCAUUGUGGGCGGCACCAACGCCAAGAGAACAGAGUUCCCUCACAUGGUGCUGCUUGGCUACGGGCAGUCGAAUGGCUCAGCGGUGUGGCAGUGCGGCGGGACACUGCUCAGCGACCGGUUCAUACUCACUGCGGGGCACUGUACUUCAGCCAGAGAUCUGGGUCCAGUGGCCUACGCGAUCACCGGCACUCUUAAGCGGACUGACGACGUGUCCGCCUCUCAAGUGCACAGAAUUAGACGGAUCAUCAAACACCCACAGUAUAAGGCGCCUUCAAAAUACCAUGACAUUGCUCUGCUAGAGGUUGAGGAUCCGAUCAAAUUGGACUUCACCACGGUACCAGCGUGUCUAGAUGUAUUUGGCGGGGACCAUUCCAAAGCUGUGGCUACUGGCUGGGGCGCUACCACUUGGAUGGGAAGCAAUGCCGAUUAUUUACAGAAGGUGACACUGAAUAAGUUCAGAGAUGAAGAGUGCAGCGCCAAGUUCCGUCCCAGCCGGAACAUCGCCAAGGGCUUUGACCCGGACACGCAGGUCUGCUACGGCGACUACACGCAGUCCAAGGACACUUGUCAGGGCGACAGCGGCGGCCCGCUCACUAUCCAGAACCGUCAGGUCCACUGCAUGUACACCAUUAUUGGUGUCACCUCGUUCGGUAAGGGCUGCGGUAACAUCGGAGACCCGGGGAUCUACACUAAAGUGUCUCACUAUGCCGACUGGAUCGAGAGCAUAGUUUUCGCUUAGUUUGAAUUAAAUUGAGUCAAUAUUAUUUGUAA